AUGUCUCCGCUGUCAAAGGCGAAAGAUCAAAACGGAGAAUCAGCUCGUCUCAAAGACCUACCUCGAGAAUACAUAUCGACGUUAAAGAACCGGAUAGCUUGGUUGGAAUCAAUUGUUAGAUCAAGAUGUCCAGACGUAGACUUGUCCCAGGAUCCUCCCUCGGAUAUCCAGGAAGCUUUUGAUGACACCCUCCAAGACACGACAACAGCAUCACCACCUGCGCAAACAAGCACUGUCGAUAUAUCUGAUACAAUUCAGCCAGUGAGAUCUACAGGAGCUGGUGCAAUUACUCACGAGAUCGGAUUGGUAUCUCUUGGAACAAACCAAGACCCUAGAUACAUCGGUCCGUCGAGUGGUUACUUUUUAGCUCGAGUGAUGCUUGAUUCAUUACCGAAACAAGAUGAACGACUCGGUCGUGGGAGCAGAAAUGUUCCAUUUCCUACGAAAUUGGUAGAGGCUAUCCAAGGGCCUCUGCCGUUGCCACCAAGAGACAUGGCGGCGCAAUUAUGUGACGCAUAUUUCACCGCCAUCAAUCUCCAGUACCCCAUCCUUCACCGUCCGACGUUCGAUAGUAUGCUCGAUCAGGUAUACGAACAAGACAAUGAAGACCCAGUUAUUAGAUUCCAAACAUUCAUGGUUCUAGCCAUAGGCUCUGCCGUCCUAUCUGGCCGCAUCAGAGCUCGCAUCCCAGCAGAAUCAUACUGUCUCUCAGCCCUUCAAUAUCUCGACGAUCUCAAUCUCGAAAACUCUUUACAAGGCGCACAGUGUCUUUUAUUACUUCUAGUAUUCACCAUGCACAGUCCCUCUGUUCGUUUGAACGUGUGGUAUCUAAACUACCAUUGCAUCGCUACCCUGCUUGACCUCGGAUUACAGAGAAACAUUAGCGCGGGAGCUGGUAUUUCGUUAUUGGAACAAGAAAUGAGAGCGCGUAUAUUCUGGGUUAUUUAUACGUUUGAUCGCGUUAUUGCUACUAUGAUGGGAAGACCUAUUGGGAUACGAGAUGAGGGUUGUGAACUUAGAAUGCCUAUUGGCUUGUCGGAUGAGCAACUUGCUACGCCGUAUCAACAGAGUAUGGAAACUUCAAGCGAGAUGGCGUUUGCUAUUCACCUGUUCAAAGCUGCCAAACUCAACUCGGAGAUCAAGUAUAUUGCCCAGAGCAUAGUCAGAGACUCGCCCAGAUAUGCGUAUCCACGAGUUGUCGAUAUCAACGAUUGGCAAACCACCAUGCUGCAUCAACUGGACGAAUGGGCGAGUCAAAUCCCAAACCAGGGUGACCCUUCAGCUGUUUAUCUGCGAACGACAUGCCAGAUACGAUACCACGGUCUUCGAAUGCUUCUCCUCAGACCAAGCCCCGGUAUCCCCAAACCCUCCAAUGAAGCUUUGGUACAGUGCCACAAGAGUGCUCGCGAGAUCCAUAGCUGGACUACUUUCCACGGCCUAGUUCUGAGCACAAUCACUCUUUUGUACUGUAUCAAGGUCGUCCCUGAUAUUGCUCGUGCGACCGAGAUAGAUGUCUUGAUGGCUGAUCUGAGUAUAUCCCUCAGCGUACUGAGUGCCACGGGAGAACACUGGUCUGGUGCCAAACGCAUCGUUCCGUGUCCCAGACCAUCAAUCAUGGACCUGCUCCAGCGGAAGUAUUAG